AUGUCCCGUUGGCGGCCGCGCUGGUGGAAUGGCUUUGUCGGAGAGCACCCUUGGGUUGCUUCAUGUCUGUCACGAGCUCGAUCUGCGCUCCCCCCCGUGAACUUUAUCACCAUCCAUUAUGCCUACUUCAUUGUCGUUUGUCUCGCCGCUUCUGUCGUCUUCUGGGGCUCCUCAAAUCCUUCGCGGAGCAUCACCUAUGUCGACAGCCUGUUCGUCGUUGUCUCGGCCAUGACCGAAGCCGGCCUGAACACGGUCAAUCUCAGCCAGAUGACGACGUGGCAGCAGAUCAUGCUUUGCCUGCUCAUCAUGUUGGGAAGCUCCAUCUGGGUUUCCAUAUGGACUGUUGCGGCACGCCUUCACGUGUUCGAACAGCGCUUUGCCGCCAUCGUGAAGGCGGAACGCGAAAAGAACAAGCGCCCCAUUCCGCUUCUGCAGAGAUUCUCAACCUUCCGCAAGUCCGUCACGACACCGGCCGGUGAUUCAAAACUCCCCGGAACUGGGACCCGCAUGCCUCAGACCAUAGCCUCGGAUAAUUUCCUCACCGGCAGGGCCGCCGGUCGCAAUGGCCAAUUUCACGACCUAACCACGGAGGAGCGCGAGCAUCUUGGCGGAUGCGAAUAUCGGGCGCUCAAAGUUUUGGCGGUCAUCGUUCCCCUGUAUUUCUUCCUGUGGCAGCUCCUGGGCUGCGUAGGACUGGGCGCUUGGAUGGCCUACAACCAGCCCAACACCGCGAGAGAAAAUGGCAUCAACCCCUGGUGGCUAGGCAUAUUCAAUGGAGUUUCUGCGUUCAACAAUUCCGGCAUGUCCCUCUUGGACGCGAACAUGAUCCCCUUCCAGAAAGCCUACUAUGUCUUGAUCACAAUGGGGCUAAUGAUCCUCGCCGGAAACACCGCAUACCCAUUGUUUUUGCGUCUCAUUUUUUGGAGCAUGCUGAAAGUGCUGGAUCGAACCACAGCCGAGGAGACCCUGGGUGACUUCAAGGAAACGAUCAAAUUCAUUUUGAAAUAUCCGCGUCGAGUGUAUACCAAUCUUUUCCCCUCACGACAGACCUGGUGGCUGUGUUUCAUGGUCGUCUUGCUGAAUUCCAUUGACUGGGUCGCUUUCGAACUUCUGAAUCUUGGAAACCCAGUGAUUGAGGCUAUUCCCACCGGCUCCCGUGUUUUGGACGGCCUUUUCCAGGCUUUGGGUACGACCUGA